AGUGGUGCAAAUGAAGCACGCAACGACGGAAGGAGUGAUGGAGGCGCUGCUCACGAUGUUCAGCCGAUACGGUGUGUGCAAUGAAGUUGUGUCGGACAACGGCACACCAUUCACUUCGCAGCAGUUUACGGAGUUCUGCAGCAAGUAUGGCAUACGGCACACCCGGACGCCUCCAGGUCACCCGCAGUCAAACGGCCAGGCCGAGCGGUAUGUGCAAACCGUUAAAGACGGACUUGCGAAGUUGAUGGCCGACGGUCAUGCACUGCCGGAUGCGUUACGCCAGUUCCUGUGGCGUUAUCGAAGCGCGCCACAUGCAACGACCGGGCAGUCGCCGGCCGAAUUGUUUAUCGGACGGAAGCUCCGAUCGACGUUGGACCUUUUGAUUCCCGUCAUGGCAACCACGACAGAGCGCAACCGCGAGCGAUACCAGAAGAAUUUCGAUAAGCGGACGAAACCGAAGGAGUUCCACAGUGGUCAGCUGGUGCUGGUGCGCGACUACCGGUUGAACCGCACAGUUGAUUGGAUAAGCGGAAAGUUAGUCAGACGUUAUGGUACGAAGGUGUGGGACGUGAAGGUUGGCGAUCUGAUAUGGCGCCGACAUGCCAAUCAGAUGCGGCCACGAAGUUGGCUGGAAAUGCACGAAAUGGUAGAAGCGGAAAUUCCACCAUCAGCCAACGCGGAAGCACCACCGCCUACCAUUGACAAUGACCUUCCGGAAGUGACCAGUGAAGCCUUGCCAGCGUCUACUGCAAACGAUGCAGAGACUGUAAAAACGGAACCUGAUCAGCCGAAAGCUCAACCCGAUGCGGUGAAGGUUUCCCAACCGCAGCCCGUAGAAACCAAGCCUGCCACAGUGAAUAAGCCACAGGCUACGAAGCCCAAGAAGACCAAACCGGAACCGGUGGAACCACGUCGUACAGCUAGGGCGAACGCUGGAAUAGCUCCUAAGCUGUUAAUACAUGAGCAAUGAGUUCUUUCAGUUUUUGUUUGUGUUUGUGAAGUGGGUUCCCCACUUGGGGAAGGUGUCAGUGUGUCUGUAGCAUAGCAACGAUAUGUUGUACUUAUGACUUUAUAUUACCCGAUGAUAUGAUGUUGUCAUAUACAGAAUCAGUAAGUACAUGAGGGAAG